GACACUGGGGAGGAGCACAGAGGGAAUCCUCUUAACCAGGUAAUCUCUGCAACCAUCUGCUGUUACAGUCAUCCACCACAUCCAGCCUCCACCAAUAUGUCAUUUCCCAGCCAGUUUGUGUCAACCAGCACAAGCGAAGACCAUGUUGCUGUCCCCUCAGGCAGAGAGGAACUGGGAGGGUCUGUGUUCAGUGCUUGAAGAUGUGUUGGAGGACCAGUCCCACAGGCAGCUGUUUGCCUUAGAGCUGGGCUCCGGAACCGGGCAGCAUGUUAUACGCUUUGCCCAGAAGAUGCCCUUUGUCACCUGGCAGCCAUCAGACAUCAAAGAGGAGUCCCGGGACAGUAUCAAAGCAUACAUUGCUGCAACCCAUGCAAAGACGGUACUGCAACCUGUCCACCUGGAUGCCGGCGAACCGUGGGAGAAAUGGGCAGGCCUUCCUCGCAACUCCUGUGAUGUUAUUAUUGCCAUUAACUUACUGCAGUACAGCUCCUUCAGAACAGCACAGGGUGUUUUCAAUGGAGCAGGUCAGAUACUCAGACAAAAUGGCCUGUUGAUAACAUAUGGGGUGUACGCUAUUAAUGGCACCAUUACACCAAGUUGUAAUGAACACCUAGAUGCAGAGCUUCGAAAACUGAAUCCAGACUGGGGCCUUCCAGACAUCGACCUACUGAGACAGCUGGCCUAUGGGAAUGGGAUGCGUAUGGAGAGGAUGAUUGAGAUGGAAGAAUACUACAAAUGCCUCAUCUUCAGAAAACUUUAGAAAGGCCAAACUGAAUAAAGGAGAUUUAAAAACAUUCUUAUUUAUACACUGUAAUGCCCA